GCUGGAGUUCAGGGAUUCGACACUUGGCCUAGAUUGGAUCAUUGAUCGGUCUCGUGAUUGACGGAUGAUCGACAGCACGCACAUCCCAAACAACGCGUCUUUUCGUUCGCGCCGCGGAACGCCAGAACUCCGGGCUCAGAUCCCCCUACCAUCAUGCCGGACGACGUGGACGUCGCUGCGCCCAUGGCGCCGAUCUACACCACGCUCGUGGUGCCGAUGAUGUCCUGCGCGCCCUCGAGCACCUCCUUCCAGUGGUCUGCCGACGGACAGGCCUGCUUCUUCACGAAAACGGCGCUCUACAUCAUGACCCCCGAUCACGGGCUGAACUACGACCCCGCGUCCGCGGUGAAAAUCACAACCAAGGAGAACCCGCCGGGAACCGAGCCCGUGGGCUGGUAUCGCACGCAGCUGGGCCUCGACAACCCCGUGGACUAUCUAUGGCCGGACCAGUCGCGAGAUUGGUGUGCGCUUGUCCUGGGCCAGGUCGAUAUGGCGAUAUGGGCGAUCGCGAUAUCGCCCAGCAGCAUCUCGCCCCAAUCUGGAUGUGUCGUCGCCGCGCUCACGUCCAGUAUGGACUUUACCCUGUGGGUGGCGGGGCGAAACGGACUCAAGGGCGGGUGGCUCAAAAUCUGCGACGUGACGCCUCUGCUUUUGGACUAUUUCUCGAGCGAGGCGGAUGAGAAACUGCGGGCUCUCAAGUCUCAGAUCACAAGUAUAAGGUGGUCUUCCCAGACCGAUUUUGGUUUAGUCCCAGCACCACUGCAAGACGCUUCGCUCCUUAUCGCCGGGAAUCGAGUGGGCACCCUAAUACUCCUGCGGUACAACAAAAACAGAGUGGAUGUGCUCCAAACUCGCGCGGCAGCAGACAGUUGGAUCGUGAACCUGGCCAUAUCCAACUGGAAGUCUGCGGUGCAAGGCACAAGUGACGCGCUCCUGGCUUAUGCGACGGAAAAUGGCGUGGUCGAGCUCCAGAAGGUUCGACAGACUUUGGUGCAACAACUUGGGACGUCGUCCUUCGGAAACUCGUUUGCCAUCGACGUCAUGUUCGACGAUGGUACGGUCAAUCUUUGUGCACGCGACCAUCGACCCUGCACGACACUUGAAUGGUUCAAUAUUGCAGGUAUACCAACGCUGUUUUUCGCUAAGCCAGGUGUUGUAUAUCUUUGGCGCGAGACCGCGCCCGAUCCUGGCAGCUGGAGCGGAAUCCGGUCUUUUUUCAUACACCGCCCGCCUAAAACCUCAGCAGCACAGUCACCGUUUCACCCCAUCGCUGGCGUGCAAUACAUCCGGCGAAAAGACGCACUUCUGAUCUGCCUGGCCGAUGGAACAUUCCAUGUGCUGCAUCACGUGACGGUUGAACCGUCGUGGACGUCUCUGAACGCAGACGAAUCGGUCACGACAGACAAGUUGUGUCACGCGGCCCGGCUGAUUUUCGAGCGGGUCGAGCAGCAGCAGACGAACAAGCAGACGGUGAACCGAAUCAGCGGGAUGACGUCGCACGACGGGCAUGCGACUGUCGCCUGGCUUCACGAAGCGACGCGACCGGGUGACUACAGCUACAAACAUGAUGCAAAGCACCAAAGCUUUUUCGUCGUCGCCAAAUUGUGGGACGAUGACGGCGACAGCGACGACGCGCUGACAACCCAGCUCUCGGAGCUGCUUUAUUCUUGCCGAGUUGGCCAAGGACUGUCUCCUGCGUCCCUCCUUCGGCCCAUCUUCUUCGAUCUCACGAAACGGCGUCUGGAGAGACUGCAUUCCCGAUUGCUGGACAUCAUUAAGCCCAAUUUCUCCGACCAUUCCUCUGGCAUCUCGAUCCAAGCGUGGGACGGCGAACUCGGGCCGGUGGUACGAGAGGAAUUCAAGCAGAGCCUGAAACGGCAUUUGUUUGGUUGGAAUGAUCUGCUGUCGCUCCGUUUGCGGCUGGCAGUCGGCGAUUUUGUUUGGAGCCAAUGUGGAUUGGUCGCUCAGACCCUGCUGAACAACAUCUCACAUCGUGUGCUGCGGACCCUCAUCCGGCACAUUACUCCCGUCGUCAGUUGUCUCAAAUCGAGCGACGUUCCGUUUGUGUUGCGUCUCGUCGUCCAGUCAUUCCUGCCCGGCUCCCCGCCCGAUCUCGUUGCCGAGGGCGAACAACUCUCCGCUGCCAUCAAAACCGCUUCGUCAGACUUGGACGUCCUUACGGGACUCAACGAGCGCUGCCCCGCCUGCAAAGCCGAUAUCCCGCUGCAAGACAUCACGUCCGCGCAGUGCCCCAAUGGGCAUUCCUGGUUGAGGUGCUCGAUCACCACGUUCAUACUGGCCACGUCGUUCGUGAGGACGUGUGUCGGGUGCAGCAGAAAGGCGUUCCUGCCGCUCGCGAGUCAGAACGAAUACACGUCGCACGGCGGCGCGGGUGCCAAUUGGUUGCCAGAAGCGGGCCGCGGAUGGGUCGUCGAGGAGAUGCUGGAAGCAGUCAAUCGGUGCUUGUUUUGUGGGAAUAGCUUUGUUAGUUUGCUGUAGAUGGGACGGGUUCUUAUCAGGACCUACUGCAGCGGUUUGAGAUCGGGCAGCCUUGGCAUCGAUGCUUGUGAAGACGUGAGACAAGAUCGCAAGUUACUGCGACCUCCAAGUGCGAUAUUUCGCAUCUUCAGC